AGAAACAGAAGUAAUGAAUGCUGUGUGUUGAGUCGUACAGAAAUAUUCAGAAUUAGUAGAUUUUGCCCUUUGUUUAUCAUUUAUAGUUAAUUUAUUACUCUAUGAUUCAAGGGUGUUAUUCAGUCCCCUCAUUCUGCAAAUAUUCUUUCUGACUAUUGUGCUUCCUUCGACUGUAACAGGAUUCGUCUUAACGAGAUAUAAUGGACCUGAAAGAGUACUUGAACAGGAUUGGGUUUUCUGGCCAAUAUGACAAAGCCGACCUGGACAAUUUGUUCACCAUCCACAAGCUGCAUGUUAUGAAUAUUCCAUUUGAGAACCUCAGCAUCCAUUCUGGCGAGAAGAACACUAUGGAUCUGCAAAUCAUCUAUGAUAAAAUAGUCAAGAGCAAUCGAGGAGGAUGGUGUUGUGAAAACAACCUCUUGUUCUCAUGGGUCCUGAAGGAGAUGGGAUACAAAUCCACCAUGCUAGGCUCCAAAGUGUUCAACUCACUGAAACAGGAGUACCUCUCCAUGGACUGUCAUCUCAUCAAUCUGGUGGAGAUCAAUGGGAAGCAGUACAUUGCAGAUGUAAGCUUUGGAGUGUCGUCCCAAAUCUGGCAUCCCUUAGAGUUGAUCUCAGGUAAAGACCAGCCGCAGCCUUCAGGUGUAUUCCGCCUCAUAAAUAAUGGGCUGCAGUGGGUUUUGGAGAAGACCAUCAGGAAACAAUUGGUCCAAGAUAAGACCUUUGCUAAUUCCAGCUUUAUUGAUAAACGGCUCACCAAAACAAUAUACUCCUUCACAUUAACACCCCGUGAUGCAGAUCAUUUCCGAGAGAUGUCAGAUUACCUGCAGACUAGUCCAGACUCUCUGUUCAUGCUCAAAUCCAUUUGCUCCCUUCAGACACCCACAGGCUUCAGAGCUCUGAUUGGUUGGACAUACAGCGAGGUCACAUUUAAAGAGGACUCAGACUUGGUGGACAUGAAAGAAAUCCCAGGCUGUGAGAUAGAGGCUUUACUAAGGGACAAGUUUAACCUGGUGUUAGUUAAUAAAUUCACACCCAAAAACAACAAAGCUGAUUAUUGCAUCUAGUACUCAGCUCAUCUAAUAAUUUUAGUAAUCAGUGUAUUUUGCUUGAAUAUUGAGAAAAAAAUUUACUCUGAAGGCUCUGCUUCUUUGGCUUUUAUUAUUUUGUUAAUGCUCUCUAUAUAUAUUCAAUAAUUAAUUUUUAUUUUUGUUAUUUAGGCUGUGAAACCAUGUCUGCAUUUUAAGGUUGCAAAUGUAAUAUGACAAUGUGGAGAAAUAGUAUUCCAUUGUAUUUGCUUGAUAUAACAAUACUCUUUGAAUUUGUACUUGUACUUAAAGUCAGACUACAUUGAGAAGGAGGCAUUUAACAUCAUUCAGCAAACUGUGAUCAUUAUUCCCUUUAACUACUUCAGCUCUUGUCUUGUAUAUUCUGCCUCACUCCUGGGCUGGUAAUAAUAAAUGUUUGCAUAUCAGAUCAAACUUGAUAUUUAAUGAUGGAAAGAGGACUUAAAAAGAGAUGGAAAAAAAACUAACAUAUGUGUGAAAUGUUGUCAGUCUACAACCUAACAAACAAAUAAAUUAUAUGAUGUCAGAUCCAUUUCUCAUGUUGAUAUCACAAAGCACAUGACUAUAAAAGAGAAAUAAGGGGUGAUAAAAAAAAAACUUAUCAUGGGCUUGAAUGACAUUAUGUUUCACAGCAAUAUGAAAAUAUUUAAAGUAGAAAAAAAAAUUAUAUUGUGAUGAAUGCAAAUCAGUAACCUGGAGAGAGAGGAAGAGCAGGGCCGUAGCUAGUGGGGUGAAAGGUGGUGAUGAUUAUAGGGGCCCAACCGACUGGCUGAAAGUCACGAAAGCUUAUCUUUUUCACGUGUUUUUAAGCCUGACCGCUUGUCGAUUUAAACAUUAAAGCAUCCAAACACAAGGCGCAGAAAAGCUGAACAGAGUAGCUGGUUACUCGCGUGCUGUGUCCGGUGCGCACGAGAGAGAGAGAGAGGUCGCAUCUCACGGACAGUGACACUGAACCGAGGUCUCUUCUGCGAAGUU